CCUUCCCCCUGGGCAGCCCUUCUUGGCGCGGCCGAUCCCGGCCGAGGGACGGUGCGGGAGGGGAAACUUGCCUGAAACCACGUACAGGCCGCUCGGGGCGGCCCUGCUCUCCCCGGGCAGGGCCGUCCCCUUUUUCGGGCCUGUCCCGGGCAGGGCAGGUGCCGAGCAGGACCGUGGAAGCGCCUCGGAGUGCUGGACCGAAGCUUUUGUUCGUGCAGGAGAACUGCAGUGAUGAGAAGGUGACAGGUCGCGGGAAAUAAUAACUACUAUGGAACCUUGGCAGCCUUGUAGGUUUGGAAGGCUUAAAUCCAAGUUCGGAAAGGCCUUUUCCAGUCCAGAUGAUUUGCUGGCUGAAGCGCUUAAUUAGGAUGGCUUUUGAACAAAUUGGAUUGAACAUGGAUUCAAUGCUUUGGUCAAGAAAGCCUUAUGGUUCAUCUCGGAGUAUUGUAAGAAAAAUUGGUACUAACCUCUCUCUUAUACAGUGUCCAAGAGUUCACUUUCAGCUUAUGUCUCAUGUCACGGAAGGAAGCAGUCCUGCUCAACUCAGAGAAGAUGCUGUGGCCUCCUUUGCUGAUGUGGGAUGGAUUGCUGAAGAAGAAGGUGAAGUCUCUACAAGGCUCAGAUCAGAAGUUUGGUCAAAAACAACCCAGCCUCUUCCAGGCGAAGCACAUCCUUCCAGGAAGUCCCCACACAGACAAACGUCCUUGCAAAGCCCGUCAGGAGAGGAACCAGUGCCCAGGAGCGCGGUGAUGGCAAACGAAGAAGCACUACAGAAGAUCAGCGCCCUAGAAAAUGAACUGGCCUCUUUAAGAGCACAAAUAGCCAAAAUUGUAACCUUGCAAGAACAGCAGAACUUGACAACAGUUGGGUCAAGUCCACUUGCUUCAGCUGCUGUCCCUGGUCCGCCACCACCGCCACCACCACCUCCUCCUCCUCUGCCUCCACCCCCUCCCUCAGGUCUGGGUCGGAGUAAGUCUGCAAUUGAUCUCAUUAAAGAGAGGAAAAACAAAAAAAUGAACGCUGGCCAGAAUGUGGUGGAAAACGGCCCAAAGAAGCCUGAAGUACCAAACAUGCUAGAAAUCCUCAAAGACAUGAACAGCGUGAAACUGCGCUCAGUAAAAAGACCCUUAGAAGGUACAAAAUCUAAAGUGUCUCAGCCUGCAGAUCCUGCAUCAUUAAUAGCAGAAGCUCUCAAAAAGAAAUUUGCUUAUCGAUACCGAAACGAUAGCCAAGAAACAGAAAAAGUGAUUCCAAAGGCUGAAACAAAGACACAGACUGAGGUGCUGUUUGGACCACACAUGCUGAAGUCUACAGGAAAAAUGAAGACUUUAAUUGAAAAAUCUUAGUGUUAAAGAUUAUUCUGCAAAAGACUGUUAAGCUGCUUUGUAUAAAAUAUUUUAUGUUGCAAAUAGCACUAGUACUGAGCGGUCUCUUUCUUACAGCACAGAAAGACCUAAUGUGAAAUGUAGAAAUGAGGCACUAAACAUGUUUGUAUGUAUGUGAUUUAUCAGGGGGAAUAAAUUGGACCAUUAUACUCAGGUAUUAAUUUUAUAUCCCAGCCUGGCUUUCCACUCAGAUUUAUGUGAUGGGUUUAGUUUCUUAACACUAAGUUAUAUAUACAACAUUUUUUGUGCAUAACUGACCAACUUAAACAUUUGUGUACAUGUUAUUAAUGACGGUGAUACACCCUUAAGUUAAUACCAGUUUUAUGUGAGCUCUACCUAUAAUUUGCACUACAAUGUGUAAUUUGAUACUGAAACCUUCAUGUUGAAGUCUUUCUUUUAAACUUAACUGUAGCAAAUUUUUAGCCCAAAGAAAAACUGGAGGCACUCUGCUUCUUACCGAAACAAAGCGAAAACUUGAACCUGCUGCAGAGGUCACCUAAAUUUUACAUGGUAGUAUAUUUUUGUGCAGGGCUUUUUGUUUGUUUCUCCUGAGCUUGCAAGGGUAAGAGAGUAAAACCUGCUUGCAUCGUCCUGUGGCCAUUAUAAAGAGUAAAAUCAUGCUGUGGGAGCCUCUGUCAAUAGGUAGUGAAGGGAAUUUGAAAUAGUCAGCAGCAGAUUAAAGUAUGUGUUAAUUAGCAAAAAGUGGUGUAGAUAAGAAAACAAAGGUAUUAAGUACUGUGGGGUGCAAGUUGCCAAAAGCAGCUCAUCUCUGCUGCUCUAGGACGUGCUCACAGACACCUCCCCAACUUGGCUCCCUGGCUUUCUGGCAGAUGGGGCUUGCACGAGCCCUCAUGGCCCUGUUUGCUGGGAAGAGAUGGGAUAAGCCCUUCCGGGGCCUUGAUGCAGCAGCCAUUUCCUGCCACACCUGUACCAACCACCUGAGCUCAUGUCUCCAGUCACAGGUGUAAAAGACUCAAGCUGAAAGUACAAGUCAGGGUGAAAAUAGCUGUUCAGGAACCAAGAGGUGCCAUUGAGGUUCACACUGAAACAAAGCCAUGGUUUGCUCUGACCAUGGAUGAGCAUUGAAAAAGCUGAGCCUGGGUAUUUUUGGUGCUCUAAGCUGAUCCUGGCUACUGGGACAAGUACAACUGCCUCUCUGGGAGCUUCUGUUUCCUAGGAAAAUGCAAAAGCAGCAAUUAUUUAAUAAAGACAGCUGAAUGGCUCUGACAAGGCUACUGAAGAUGAGGAAGCUUUGCUGCUUAUAACUGGAAUGUAGGUUGUACACAGAGGAUCUUUGUUUUCUGGUGUGGUACUUGAAAUGGUGUUAAUAUGUACACAACAUGACUUCCUUCCAAAGUGCUCUGCCAUCAGUGCUACUGAUUGGUCAUUCAAUCCUUCAGGUCUUUUAAGUGCCUUUAAAACACCUUUGUGAAAGUUGACUUUGGUUUUAAGUUUUGUAUUUUAUGCUCUAUUGCCACUAUAUAAAAUUAAAAGCAGAUAAAAUAAAAAUGGCAUAUUUGAUUUGUGGUACUCUGUACAAAUGAUAGCAGCCACAAUAAUGUAAGUUUCCAUUCUGUUACAGUGACUAUAAAUCAUCUAGUGACAGACUCCUUGCAUCUCCUCCAGGGCUGCUUUGCUUACCUUGCUGUGCAGUAACAGUCUGGUUGUCUGGAAGGUUCUCAGGAACCAGUGAGGAGUCUAUGCCUCACCACAAGGAUAGCAGGAAGAAACUUGUUCAACAGCCUCUCUAUCCCCAGGUACACUCAGGUCCUCUGCAGUCCAAUUAAAUCAUUAACUUGUAAAAUCCAGGAUGUCACUUGACCUAUUAAACCAGGCUAAAGCAUGAGAACCGCCCAGACACUGUCCAUCUGAACUGGGGUAUCCAGCACCAGAAAUGAGGUGAGCUUUAGCAGUGAUGUAAAAUUACUGCAAAAGUGUCAUCUCUGCAAGAAAAUAAAAUCACAAAGUUGCCAUGUCUUAUAAAGUACCUUAAUUUGUAUCUUUUUACUUGAAAUUACAUGGAAUUCCACUGCUCACAGAAAAACACCUCAAGUGCUCAAACUAAGGCCCACCGUGGAGGCUGGGCAGGGCCCUUGGACAUAACGUGAGGUGUGUCUGUGUCUGUGUCCAGAACAGUGCUGGGAGCAGAUCUGUGAAUUGGAACAGGUGGGGGGGGCUGGCCCCCUCCCCCAGCAGGUUUCUGGCCUUCAGGGACUGCUAGUGGCCGUGGGACUCUAGGUCCUGUGCCUAGCAUGUGCGGGCUCUCGGCUCUCCCGUGAAAUGCGGAAGCUGCAGGAAUGUUAAAGUUCAGUGUAGAUUUGUAGAAGGCAUUUACAGCCAGCAUAGAAAGGGCAUUUUCUUUUUUUAAUUCAAGUCCAAUGCCAGAUGCUUCCCACACACACAAGGAGGUGAGAUUAGAACUAGUCGUUCUAAAUCCAGUUUGGUAGGAAAAGACAAAAUACUCCCUUUCUAGGAAGGGUGGAUUAGAACAGAACUACUCCUAUUUUACACUUUGAGAAACUCUUCUUGGUCCUGUCAGAGCAAAGGACAGCAAGUUCACACAAUGUUAAAAAUCACAGGCUCUUUAUAGAUACUAUAUUGAAAUACUUUAUAUACCUAUUUGUAAAAUUAUUAAUCUUAAUUUUCAUUAAACUUACAUAUUAGCAUAUGCCUGUAACAAGUAGCAAAACUUAAAAUGCAGUUGAUGUUCUUUAAACCAAGUUCAUUUUUUAUAAAUGUGUCACAGAAGGCAUCAUCAGAUCCUGAUUUUAGUGGUCAUUUUGAAAAUAGCUGCAGGCUUGACAUAUGUUUCAUUCAAAAGGUCCAAGAAGAAUCAGUAUUUUUCCACAUUUAAGGCAGUGUUGCUCUGUAGUAAGUUACACACAAUUGUUACUUCUGUGUUCUCCCAGCUUUAAACACCCUUUCAAAGUCAACCUGUUAAAAGUGGCUCUUCUCUCCUUUAAAUUACAACCAGAGCUCAUUGUCCCAUCUGAUCCUUCUCUGUUGGAGUCAUCAUCAAGAACUUGUACUGACAGCGAAGGAAGUUCACGCAGGCUCAAAAGACAGGUUUCAUUAGAAAUUUAUUUCUUUAAACAUGGCCACUUUGAGAUUAAUGAUACUACUUCAGGGAACAUGAAAGAAUAAUAAACAGUUUUAGAAGGGAAACAAUCAGGUAAGUCAGGAUUUGCUUUUCAAACAGUAAAAGGCCAAGCUCCAAGAGGCAAUAAAUUUUGGCAUACGAGGACUAGUAUUUUCAAAUCCAAAAGUUGGCUUAGUUUUACAGUGGAAGCUGACUGCAACCUUAGCUACCUUUCCACAACGCUGGACUCAAUCAUAACUUAAAUGUACAGGAGCAUAAUGUGAAAAGAUUUUGUUUUAUUAAUUAAAAGUUAACAGCAACAGGCACAUAUUAAAUGAAUAUGGCAAAGCCUUUACAAAUGGCUUUACGCUGAAGCUCUCUUCCAAAAAUGGCUGUUGCAACAAACUGUAAACAGAAUUAAUAAACAGUCUUUUACAAUAAUAACAGGGAAA